UAUUAUACUUACUAUAGUCUGCAUUCUAUUGCUAGACGUCCUUCGUCWGUUCUCCAUCAGACUACUGGACCUUUGGUCGCGCCAUUACUGAUUGCAUUACCGAUACGAUUUACCAAACGGGCGCUUAUAAAUAUUUCCCAAAUAUAACCGCCUCCAGUAUUGCUUACAAUCUUGCGCCACCAGGCUUGACUCGUCUGUGCAGCUAUCUCUCGUCUGUAGCGUAUUUCACCGGACUAUGGCGUAUAGCCGUCGGAUGAUUUAGCUUAAGCUCGAACAUACACUCUCGCGUACCCACCUCUUUAGGUGCCAAACAGUUGGAUAGACGGUACCUCAGAUACCCUUUGUGAACCUAACUGCACCAUGGCCGACAAACAACCUGAAGAUGUUGAAAAAGUCAUUGAAGAAGCCGUAGUAAAUCCAGAUUCAAAAGGAAAUGAAGGUGGUGGGUGGUGGGAUUCAUUGUACUCUGCAGCCAAGUCUAAAUCAGCUGAAGUGUUGGAAUCAGUUAAACGUGAUCUCGGYGAACUAACAACAAUAGUCACCACUGAAACCAGCAAUAUUGUCUUAAAUACUACCAAUGUUGUUAAAGAUACUUUACAAUUGGAAAAUCCAGAAUCUACUGCAAACACCAUGAAAAAAUCAGUAAGUUUAUUUCUGGACCAAAUGUCAAGUGCAUUAAACCCUUUGCCAGAUGAUGAAGAUGAAGCAUUAAUGAUUGUUGGCUCAGACACAGUUACACUGUCUAGGCUACAAGCCCAAAUAUAUACUCUAGCCAAUGAUCCAAAUACAUUUGUAAUGGAAAUUGAUGACCAACUUGAUAAAAGAUAUAAGGCUUGGUUGGAUUGGGUGAAAAGCGGUGAUAGUAGUUUAUUAUCUAAUGAUAAACUCACAAAGAUCUUAAAUGAUUGCACACCAUUACGUGACAACUAUCAGAAACUUGUGCCAGAUUCUGUUUCUCACGCUGACUUUUGGUAUCGAUUUUUGUUUCGAAAGGCUUUAUUGGAAGACGAAGAUGCCAAACAGCAGAGGCAAUCCGAAAAGGAAAAUCGAGAAGCUGAAAAAAUAGAUUUCAAUAAAGAGUUAACUCCAUUGUCUGAUAUAGAGCUGUCUGAAAAAGAACAAGAGGAAAUAUUGUCGUUGUAUGACCAGGAACGAAGAGUAUCAUCAAAGUCCAGCAGUCCUAUAGAAGACGUAAAAAAGGAUUUAAAAUCAAAACAUGAAGAUGCUCCAUCUAAUGCUUCUUCAGUUACCACUUCAAGUUUGGACAAAGAUGAAUGGGUCAAGGAUUUUGAUAUGGAAGACAUUGAACCACCUACCAGUACUAAGUGAUUUGAAAAUCCACAAAUUGAACUUUGAUAAUGUUUAGAUAUUUAGUUUUUUCACAUCUGUCUUUGUUGACUGGUGGGAUAUGCAUCUUGAUGAUAAUUUAAUGAAUAUUUUUUGUCUACAUAUAUUUCUAUAUAUUUAAUAAUA